GGAGGAGCCGCAAGCUUCUGCUCUUAAAUGAAUGUCAACCUGUCUGCUUCCAGAGAGCUAAGUAAACUCGCGGAGUGAAAGUACGGAACCAGCGAGCCCCUCAAACAGUGACAUGGCUCGGCGGCCGAGAAACAGUGUUUACAGUAGUGAUGACGAUGAGGAGGAGAAUGAGAUGUACGAACACGAUUAUGACGGAACACUGGCGAAGACAGGGAAACGUCACCUUGGGAAAACACGCUGGACACGAGAGGAGGACGAAAAGUUGAAAAAACUGGUGGAGCUUCAUGGAUCUGAUGACUGGAAAGUCAUCGCGAGCUUGCUCUCUAAUCGAACUGAUGUGCAGUGUCAGCACAGAUGGCAAAAGGUUCUGAACCCGGAACUCAUCAAAGGACCCUGGACCAAAGAAGAGGAUCAGAGGGUCAUUGAGCUGGUGCAGAAGUACGGGGCCAAACGCUGGUCAGUGAUCGCCAAACAUCUCAAAGGUCGCAUCGGAAAGCAGUGUCGAGAGAGGUGGCACAACCACCUGAACCCUGAGGUCAAGAAGACAUCGUGGACGGAGGAGGAGGACAGGAUCAUCUACCAGGCGCAUGAGAAGCUGGGCAACCGCUGGGCUGAAAUCGCGAAGCUGCUCCCUGGCAGGACUGACAACGCCAUCAAGAACCACUGGAAUUCCACCAUGAGGCGCAAGGUGGAACAAGAAGGUUACCUCCAGAACACGUCGAAGAACAACCUCUCCAUCAGCCAUGGCUAUGUCAAGAGCAGCAAUCACAUCAUGGGCUUCCCUCACCAUUCGCCCAAUCACGCGCAGCUGCCUCCCUUGUCAUCGCUUAACUACACAUACAUCUCUGACACACAAAGGGUCCCCUUUCCCAUGGCUCUACAUUUGAACAUCGUGAACAUUCCACAGCACGGCACCGCUGCUAUCCAGAGACACUAUAGCGACGAGGACCCUGAGAAGGAGCAGAGGGUGAAAGAGAUCGAGCUGCUGCUCAUGUCCACAGAGAACGAGCUGAGGGGCCAGCCGUCACUACCGAUAAACCUGUCCUAUCCCAGCUGGGCCAGCCACAGCUCCGUGGCCCACAACACGGAGGGCGUGUCGAUGCCGUUGCCUCACCUCCAGACGGCCGCGCCUGCUCUCGAUCAGAGCUGCCUACCGGAGGAGAGCGCGUCUGCGACUCGUGCCCACUGCAACAGCAUUAGCAACAGCUCGCCCUUCUCAAACUCCAUUCCAGAGUUCAUGGAGUCCGUCAUUGACUCGUUCCUGAACCAAUCCAUGAGUCCCGAACAUUCGGACAGUGACAGCCCGACUUUAAGUUCACCAGUGGACACCAAACCGGUGGUUGACCCGACACUCCGAUCUCAAAAACACAGCGAAGUAUUCCGGAGUCCAAACAGCCGUUUGGAGUCUUCUCCUCAACCCCCGGCACCUUUCGGGUCGAGCCUGGCUCUACAGGAGGCCAAGUACAGGCCCCUCAAGCUAAUGAAUUCCCCUCUAGGUCAGAUGGUUGACGCCAUUAAGCAGGAGCCAAUGGAGUGCGCCAUUGAUCAACCACCUCUGAAGAAAAUAAAACAAGAGGUGGAGGCUCCAUGUGAGCGGAGUCCGUGCAUGCAGUGGGAAGGACAAGACCUCCACACGCAGCUCUUCUCCCCCAACGGUCCUGCACAGGAAGUACCAGACAUGCUCGCCAGCUCAUUACUGAGCGAGGACGGACACAAAACCUUCCAUCACCUUCCUCACAGGACCAUGAGCAGCCCACUACAGCAGCAGCUGAGCUCCUGGGAGCAGGUGACCUGCGGGAAGACAGAGGAGCAUGUUCUGGAGUCCGAGCAAAGCCACAGCUACAUGAACACUUACACCACCAGGACACUGGUCAUGUAGACUGAGACGCACUCAGGGACCAUAUCAUUCUCAGCGCUGGACGCGGCGCCACCUAUACAGAACGUGCAACGGUAGCGAGGCAUUGUGUUUCUACACUCGCACUUGUUGAAGUUCAACCAAGCAAAGACAAUCGUUACUUCACACAGUUUUUACCUAUAUAUGAAUUAAUAUUCAGAAUUACUUGGGCUUUUUUUUUACAAUACAAAUGGGGAUGGUUAACUAUGUCAUUUUCACUGGGCUAUUUUUUAAUUCAGAAUUUUGAUAUUAAUAUAAAGAACAAGUUGAUUAAUUUAUUUGUUAUGGUUUUAAUUUUAUUCUCAUGUUUAUAUUUUUAAUAAUUGGCGAUUGCAGCAGUGUUUCUUUAUAAGUAUUUAAAGCCCUUUUAGCAUUAUUCCAAAACUGACUUUUGUUAUUUAGCAGGCUUUCUUCUGAGAAUUUCAAGUGUUCAUAUCAGCCACUAAACUGUUUUCAAGGAGCCCGACUUUGACGGUCUCUUUUUAGUAUUAGCAAACCAGCUACAGAACAUUGGCACCUCUGAUUUCAUCUAGUUUGCAUUUCAAUUCAUGUUGGGCCUUCCACAGUGUCACCCGAGGAGAAACAUCAAAAGAACAAAGGUUAUUUUUACGAUCAACAGAUAUAGUAUAUUUAUGCAUGUGGAUGAUGUGAGCGUCACCCAGUAAGAGUAUGAUCAAGUUGCACUUGAACUUCAUGUCCUCCAUUAAAUGAGAGCGAGUACUAAACACUGAUAUUUUUUUUUACUACAAAGCAAAACCCAACUGAAACUUUUGUAUUAAUGUGAUUUUCGAUGCUUUUAAAAAUGUUCUGUGUUGCAUUUAAGACUGCAGUAGCCCUUAAAAACACUUAGCAGACAAUCUUUUUAUACAAUGCCUUUUUAUAUGUAGCUUUUGUGCGCUAUUGACUUUUUUUUUUCAAUGGAAAAAACAUUUAUACUUGCUAAAAUGUCUUGUUUUUAUACGUUUUUAUACUGCCUAUUGAAUAA